AUACUCCGAGGGUUGUCAAACUGUUGCUCCACCCUGUCCCUGUACUCACGUUUGGCUGCUUUGAUCGUCUUCCGGAGUUGGUAAUGUGCGUGUUUGUAGUCCGAUGUGUUCGCGGAGGCAAAGGCGGUGCUCCGUGCCGCCAGUGCCGCGCGAACAUCUCCGUUAAUCCAGGGUUUUUGAUUUGGGAAGGAUUUAACUGUUCUGGAUGGGACGACAUCUUCCACGCAUUUCCUGAUAAAUCCACAGACUGAGUCUGUGUACUCAUCAAUGUCCCUAGCAGCCACGUGAAACAUUUCCCAGUCCGCGUGAUCAAAACAGUCCCGCAGCGCAGACUCCGAUUGGUCCGUCCAACAGUGCACCGCCCUCCGGGUUGGCCUACAUUUGUACAAAAUCCCAAAUUAUAUACACAAAGUCAUAGACAUCACCACUCCAAUUGGUCAUCAUGAUUUUGAUAUUCUCUUUUUCCAUAACAAUGAAAUACGCCUUGGACAAAUAUGACACAUCAAUAUUUCAUUAGUGUUGUCACAUCACAUCCUGUAAGCAUCGUCUGUCUGUGUCCUUUCUCUGGAAAUUAAUAUUUCCAGCCAAUAUAGGCAAUCCAUCAACAUGGCUGGAGUUAUAUACAGUCUGUAUAAGUGUGGUUAAUCCAAUGAAGAUUUGUAAGGAGACGGCAGUUACUGUGAAUUCACAGCAGUUACACAGUGAUUAGUAAUAAACAGCCAGUGAGAGUGAGUGGAUUUAAGAAAGUCAGUGACUCAGGUGUGUCGCUUGGUUUGUCAUCUGUUUGUGAGACUGGAGGAGACGUAGAAAUCUUUUGUUUUAAAUCUUAGUUAGGAAGAUUCCUGUUUGAAAACAAGCACAUUUUGUGAGAAAUGCAAGAAGUACAUCUGCAGAAAGCACAUAGUUACAUUCUGUCCAUCAUGUGGACAAAAUAGAAAAUGUUGAGCAUUGAAAAACUGAGAACGUUGGGCAAGUUCAAAAGAAAUGUGUUUGUAAGAACGAAAAACCAAAAAGUCUAACUGUUGUAUGUCUGUGUUCUACAUGUUUAUCUAAUGGAAAAUAAAGUUGCUACUGUUUUAUUGCAGUUUUUGGAUAAUUCUGAGUGGAUUUACACAGUAUGGGUCAGAAUGACCCACAACAAAAUCAAUGUCAAUUGUUUGUUCUUCAACAUAAUACAAGGGUUGAUUACCAAAACUUCCAUAUGAUCUUCAAGUUGUAGCAGAUCCACUAUCACACAGCAGCUGGAGCAGUUUCAAAUGGAGGUCAGUCCACUACUACCAUAGCCUACUACUAGAUUAACUUGUGACACAUUUUCACCUGCUGCUAUGAUGACAUUGAGUAGAGGCUGAGUGGCUGCACUUACCCCUGGUACAUCCAAAUCUUCCCACAAACAUGUUGAAAGAUGCAAAGGCAGCAAUGAGGAUUGUCAACACUAAAAACAAUCAGUAAGCAAAGACAACAGGGAUCACUUUUUUCUGUUUAUUUAGCACCCACAACAUUUGUAGUCGCCUUCUGCACAGGGGAAGUCCACACACACACACCGUGUGGUACCGCUUUCCACAGAAGGUGCAUUCAGUCUGCAAGAUUGAAUGAGAUUGUCAGAGUCAUUGUCUGACUGUUUAUUACUAAUCACUGUGUAACUGCUGUACAUUCAGAGUAACUGCCAUCUCCUUACAAAUGUUUAUUUGAUUCACCACACUUAUACAGACUGUAUAUAACAACCAACUCUAAAAUGUUUGUUUGCAGAGAAAAGACACAGGCAGACUACGCUAACGACAUGUGAUGUUACAACACUAGUGAAAUAUUAGUGUCAUGUCAUUCUUUUCAAAGGUUUAUUUGCAUGAUGCACAAACAGACACAAUUGAAAGGUACAAAUGUGUUGUGCAAGAAACGAAAUCAAACGUGGUGCAGAUGUGUGUCACAGGUUGAUCUGGCUGUAGGCUGUGGCACUUGGCCAGAGGUGGCGCUGGUUGACUCGAGUCCAUGUUAGUGCACACAAAGUAAACUGCUCGCUUUAGUUGUGAAGCAAAAACGCUGAAUUCGGAGAAAUAAACCGUGCGAGGGGAACGAUAACGACGACUAGGGUCUCCCGAUCGUUUACUCUUGCUGUCCUGUGAACAACAUCGGCGUGGUGUUACUUGUUUGCUGUUUUCGCGAUCGCGUCGCGCAUGAGGAUAUCACCAGGUAAACUCGCCACAUUUUUAAACAUUUUGUUGUUCAACAGCAUCAAGACUGACGGAGUGUGUUUGAGGUAACCUCACAAGUGUCACAGAUGACACAUUUGGCAUUUUUUUGCUGGUUUGUCGGUAGCAGCUCUUGAAACGCAAGACUGCCACACAUCUGUUCGACCAACGCCAGUUGAUCUAAACGCCAGUUGAUCUAAACGCCAGUUGAUCUAAACGCCAGUUGAUCUGGAACACCGGCAGCAAGCGGCACACAGGCUAGAGAGCACUGCGUAGCCAAAUAUGAGCAAACUGUGGAUUAAUAGAGAGGACACCGAAGUUAGCGUCUUGCUCAGGCCGGAGCUCAUUUAUUUCCUACAUAUACACAAUACAAAUCACACUAGACCAUGCAUUCUUCCCAUAAAAUAACAGAGUUCAUAAACAUAAAUAAAGUUACAAAAAGCAUUCUCUCAAAAGCAAAAUAAAUACAAACUAAUUCAAAAUGACUUUACAUACUCACAACUUAAACAAAACACUCACGGUUAAAGCAUAACAACAUACCAAAAUAACCCAUCUCACAUUCACACAACCUUUCCCCACAUUCGCGCCAUAUACGCUAUUACUUUUGAACAUGGCGUCCCCUGAACGCAACACAACAUGGCGGCAGACGACUGCAAACGUUGUUUCACCAACAAAAAGCUUUCCCCUUAAUACAUGUACUCAGUACUGCUUGGCUAACACUAAAACAAACACUAAAACACAUUUUCGGAAGUGGCAGGUUGCCACUGUCAUAGCAUAUACUUAUAGUGCUACGUAGCAUUAAAGCAUUAUGCCGAUGAUACACUAAUACUCAUUACAACAAAAUACCACUCAUCUCAAAAUAUUGCCGAACAGUUGUUACUCAACUUACAUGACAUUUAGAACCAGUUCGGUAACAUAAAAGUUUGUUUGUCAGUACCUGUCGAUUAAUAGAGAGGACACCAAAGUUAGCGUCUUGCUCAGGCCGGAGCUCAUUUAUUUCUGAGCUGCGCAUGCGUAGAGCCUAUAGCUAGAGUCUCUGGUAGUUCCAGCAGUGCAAGAGCACCAUCUACUGGCAUAAUGAAAUAUAACCAUGGUCUGGCAACACAUAACAAUGUCAAAAUAAGUCACAAUAAUAAACAAAAAAUAAGGGGGUAAUGGGUUUUCUUGCAAAACAUGUAGCUUUUUCAACCUGCUACAUAUGCAGCAAAAACCUACUUAAACGUAACUGGUCGAGAAAAUUACAAGCCAACUAGAGGAAAGCUCAUAGUACAAAAAGUGAUGGUAGUUUCCCUUAGACAGAGUGUUUUCCUGCUCAUUGUACAGAAGGCGAUGGUCUUUGCCAUACAGAUUCACUAAUACAGUUUAAGGAUAGUAAAGAAUAUAUCUAGGGCUUUUAUUAUGAAAAAUAGACCGGAAGUAUGUGCAUUAUUGCACAGGGGAAGAACAAGUUGUGUUUCCGGUGCGGGUGCGCAUCAUCAGGCAGGAGCAUCCAGAGGUAGAAUAGAAGGUGUAUAAUGGCUGCGGUCUUCCCUGUAGAUGUCCAGCAGCUACUGGUGAUAAAAGAAGAGGUUUCCCAUGAAUGUGAAUGGAGCCCCAGUGUGAACCAUCCUGACUCAGAGCUGUGGAAAAAUCAAGAGCGAGUUCACUGUAAUGGGCUGGAGGAGGAUAUCAAGAGGUUUCCAUUUACUGUUGUUCAUGUGAAGAGUGAAGAUGAAGAAGAGAAGCCUCAGUCAUUAAAGGUUCAUCAAAACCAAAAUAAAAACAAGAUAGAGACGGAGACUCAAGCGAGCAACUCCUCUGAACAGAGGAAAAUGGACCGAAGUACAAAUAACAAUAUACAAACAAAUACUGAUGGCGAAGCACCGGAAUCUUCUGAGACUGAAGUCAGUGAGGAUGGCUGGCAGGAACCUUUGUCAGAUUGUGGACCUGAAACUGACGACAGCGACAGCCAAUUGAAUGACGACAGAACACCUGAGUCAGGUGUAAAUAAUGCAAAAAGGUCUUCCAGUUGUUUGGUGAAUGAAAGAAGUUCUAGAGUGGAGCAAAGUGUUGAUUCUCAGAUGAAGCGAUUUGGAUGUGAUGAUUGUGGUAAACGAUUUAACCAAAUGAAAGAUCUUAGAGUACACAUGAGAGUCCACACGGGAGAAAGACCAUUCUGUUGUGCAGAUUGUGGUAAAAGAUUUAGAUAUCAAGGAAGUCUGAAUGUACACAUGAGGCUCCAUGCUGGAGAGAAACCGUAUGCUUGUGAUAAAUGCGGUAAAAGAUUUAGCCUAAAGACAAACCUUACCAGACACAUAAGAGUCCACACGGGGGAGAAACCAUUUAGCUGUGACAUUUGUGGACAAAGAUUUAACUAUCGAAGAAAUCUUAACAUGCACAUAAGAGUGCACACAGGAGAGAAACCGUUUAGUUGCGACAAUUGUGGGCAAAGAUUUAACCAAAAGAUUGAACUUAGGAGACACAUGAGAGUUCACACAGAAGAGAAACCGUAUACCUGUGGCGAUUGUGGUAAAACGUUUAGUUACCAGUGUAAUCUGAAGACACACAUGGCACUCCACAAAGGAGAGAAACAGUUUGUUUGUGGUGUUUGUGGUAACAUAUUUAACCAAGAGGGGAAUCUAAAGAUACACAUGAGAGUCCACACAGGAGAGAAACCAUUUGGUUGCGAUUUCUGUGGCAAAAGAUUCAAUCAAAAGAUUCAUCUUGAGACGCACAUUAGAGUUCACACAGGGGAGAAACCUUAUAACUGUGGAUUUUGUGGCAAAAGAUUUAGACACCAGUGUAAUCUAAAGAUACACACCAAACUCCACAAGGAAUAAA